CGUCCAUAAAUAGUUUACAAAUUCUAUUCGCGUUAAUCGAUUACGAGUAUUCGUUCAAUGAAUUGUGACUCGAACGUAUCGAGAACGUGACUGUAUUUCUGAUUGACUUCAGAUUAAUUAAUUUCGAGAUAUAGAUCGAUAUGAUUGAAUCUUUUCAAGUUUUCGAUUUCAUUUAUGUAUAUAUGUACAGUUACAUUCAGUAUUCGCUCGUUGAUUACUUUUUAUUAUCGCAUUACCUUGAAAAUUACUAUAUAUCAAGGUGAUCAUUUUUUGAUUUUAAUUCUCUUCAAGGAUAUUCAAGGUGAAUAGUGAAAAGAAAUUCAAUGAAAAUUGAAGAAAUAUUAAUUGAAUCUUUCGAUCGUAAUCGGUUGUAAAGUAAACAUCGGAAAUGAAUGUUCUUGAAAAUUGUCGUGGAACUGGAAAAAUGUAAGGUCGUUUUUCCUGCUUUCCGUACAACUUCAAUUUGACACCUCGUCCAGCUGACGAGACCUUGGAAAAGUUUCUGGCAUUCGGCAAGUUCGCUGGGAUUGACCUUUUCCACGAGCUUACGCAAGGUUGAGCUUCCUCGGUGCUUUCUCGGCACGCAAAGUUCAGACGCUCUUUAGACGUUCGAAUUUCACUCCAACAAGUUCUCUCUUACGUUUACUUACUAUCUUUCCUCCCAUUAAGGUCGAAACGAGUUCUUCCUUUCUUUGAAAUUUCAUCCUAAAGUAUACGAAGAGUUAUUUAAAGAAUUAGGAGAGAAAUAGUCUUUCGGUUCUAAUCGAAAAUAAUUCGUUAAUGAUCGAGAUUAAUUUAAUAAGAGAAAUAAAAGGAUGACAAAAAGGUUAGGAGGGUAGGUCGUGACUAUUCGUAUCAUCCUGUAAGCUCAUCGCUCUUGGUACCUCUCCUACUCCUUCCACCUUCACCCUUAAAACAUAAUAAGCCUCCUACGGCAAGCAGUUUAGCUAUUAUUGACGAAAACAGACUCUCUGCUCUAAUUGCGAACCGAUCGAUAAGCAUCGAUGAGAGACUCCUACGGUACCCUGAGUAGCAGUUGGAACUUAUCCUUGCCGGAGUUCGCGUCGAGGAAAGUUCAUUUCUCUCUCUCUCUCUCUCUCUCUCUCUCUCUUUCUUUUUAGAAGAGUGAUAGAGUUUUUGAAAAUUCGGACUUCGGAUUCUUUGAAAGUUGCUCGACGUUGUUUACAAGUGGACGAUAUUUUUCGAAGAAAAUUUUCUCUAUCCAUUUCUUAUUUUCUUCUUUCUGUUUUUCUUCUUCUUUCAUUUUGCUUCGAAGUUUGGCCUAUUAGGAGGACGAGCACGUGUUUGUUGUCGGUAACGACGAAAGUGUAACGAUCGAAAGGGAGUUUCGUUUCUCGAUUUUUAUUUUGCUACGUUCACCGCAACCUGUUCAUUCAUUUUCUUCGCCAUUUCUUUCUUCUUUCUUUUCUUUCUUUCUUAUUUCUCCGACAUUUCUAGAAAGUGGAUUCAGAAAGUAUAUCAAUUUUCUUUUCAAAGGUUUCGCGAAUGAAUUUAAGAUGAUUGCCAAUGAUCGGUUGGACAGUGUCCCGAUGACAUGAAAGGGUAGACGGAAAACAAAAUGGAUAAAUACGAGAAUAUUGAAAUCGUCGGUGAAGGUAGUUACGGUAUCGUGAUGAAAUGUAGACAUCGUGAAACCGGCCAGAUGGUCGCGAUAAAAAAGUUUUUAGAAACAGAAGAGGAUGUUCAAGUUCGAAAAUUGGCCCUUCGAGAGAUUCGGAUGUUGAAGAAACUGCAUCAUGAGAACAUCAUCGAUAUGAUCGAGGUCUUUCGCCGUAGAAAAAGAUUUUAUUUGGUUUUUGAAUUCCUGGAUCACACUGUCCUCGAUGAAUUAGAACGAUCCCCCGAUGGUCUUGGAUUAGAAGUUUCGAAACGCUACAUUUUUCAAGUACUUCGUGGCCUGAAUUUCUGUCACAAUAAUCAAAUUAUGCACAGAGAUGUCAAACCAGAAAACGUCUUGGUAUCGUCGAACGGUGUGAUCAAACUCUGCGAUUUUGGUUUCGCACGAUUAAUCAGCAACUCGAAAGAAUCCUGUACGGAUUAUGUAGCAACGAGAUGGUAUCGUGCACCGGAACUUCUCGUUGGUGAUUCGAGAUAUGGCAAAGAAAUUGAUAUUUGGGCGGUCGGUUGUCUUUAUGCUGAAAUUAUGACUGGCGAUCCAAUUUUUCCAGGAGAAAGUGAUAUCGAUCAGCUUUACAGAAUCACUAAAGUCCUAGGAAGUAUUCAUUCACUUGGUAAAAAACAAGUGUCAAUGGGACAAAACUUUCUUUCUAGACCAUUACGAUUUACCUCCGUCGACGAGCUCAUGAUUUCUCAAGAACCAUUAUCCUUACGAAAUCUCUUUCCUUCGUGGAGUUCAGAGAGCUUGGAUUUUCUUUCGCAGUGUCUUCGUAUGGAUCCAAACACCAGACCUAACUGUUCCGCUUUACUCGAUCACUUUCUUUUCCACCAGGAAAAUUUUAGUGAGAAAUUUCUUGAAGAAUUAAAAAUGUAUGUUGCUAAGGAGUCGUAUUUAAAUUCAUUUUCAAGGAAAAAGAUCCAGGAUCGAAAAGUUUUUUCGGCCAAGCAAAAUCUUAGAGUUUGCCGUGGCAGCGCUGGAAAGUGGCAAAUGACGAUUUUACACGAUACGAAAGAAUUAUGCAACAAAAUAGAAUUCGAUAGCACCGUCGAAGAGAUACAACGAAAACCAGCGGCUUUACAAAUCAGUCGUCCGCGAGAAGUUUGCUACUUUGGUCCAGUCUCCGUGAUACCUAAUACGACUUAUAUACGAAGGUUGGAGCUUAAAGGUCUUCGAAUAAAAAAUUCGAAGGGUUGUUCUUUACCAGCCUUAACGCCAAAAGGUUCGAUACAAGCGAAAAUGAAUAGCAAGAGAAAGAGGCUGGAUUUGCCUUCUGUCAAUCAUUAGAAAUGUACAUUUAUUUCUUAAUCAGUCUUCAUUGCUUUAUUAUAUAAUUUUUCUUUCUUUCUUUUUUUUUUAUUCUUUAAUAAGUGUCUUUUGCUUUCGAGUUGGAUACUUAGUCGGUCGAUGAAAGUAGGUACGAAAAUUUUUUAUAAUUUAUAUCAAGUUUAAUUAUAAUCGGAAUAAUAUAUAAAGGGGCUUAUUUUAUAUUCAACUUAUUUUAAUUAAUUAAUCGUCCAAUUAGCUUAAUCAUCUACAUGUGAAUUUUUUCUUUUGAUGGUAAGAAUUUUACGAUAAAAUACUACUACGAAAUCAUAUUCACGAAUAUAUAAUAUAUUAUCGAGAUUAUGGUUUCUUUCGCUAUUGAAUAUGUGCGUGCAUAAUUUCGAUAUAUUCUAUAGAAUAUAUAAAAGAAUUUUAUUGACGAAGUGACUUACAUGAUUUUUGAUCGAGGAAUAAAAUAAUUCAUUAUGAUGCAAGACGAAAUAUCAAACGAUAUUAUACUAUAAUAAUAUAAAUAUAAUUAAUGCAGAAAUGUAGAAGAUUUUGGCUGUGGUUUAGCAUGAGAAAUUAGGGAUCAUUAACGAAGCCAUUCCUUCGGUAAAUAGUUUAAAUGACGUGAUAUUCUAUUUUAUAUUUCCACAAAUUGUAAAUAAAAUGGAGUCUUAUUUAAUAUGCUUAUGUA